AUGAUUCGGCCAGUCCCUGGAUUUAAAUACAUCGGACCCUACUGCGCGGGACUAACAGACUCAUGGCACGGUGCUUCCCUGCAUACAACAUAUCCACUUGGCAGAGACGCCCCCACAAGGGCUAACCCCGCAGCAAGUACACAGGACGCCGAGAAAUUUGGAUUCACUAAGGAUCGCGAGCAUUUCGGCCGCUGGCUGGCGUCUGACCACAGGGAGUAUCAUUCACUGCUUGGCGUUAGUGACAGCGCAGGAGCCAAGAGCAACAGCCAAGAGCUGGCGGGCAGCAACGAUGUCGAUGUGCACAUAGUCAACACAUAA